ACUGGCUUUAAACGAAACAUUAUAUUUUUAUCUUUUUUUUUUUUUGUUUUGUUGUUUUAACAUAAAUUAAAGCAAAACCAUGGGAGGAGCACAAAGUUCUGAACAAGGACAAUAUGGCUUUCAUGUACUAAAGGUCAAGGAAAAUUCGCCGGCUUAUCAUGCAGGAAUCGAACAAUUUUUUGAUUACAUUGUCAACAUCAAUGGCAUUCCUUUGAAUAAUGGAGAUAGCCAGACAUUGGUAACCACUUUGCAAGAGUAUGAGGGUAAACCUUUGCCGAUAGGCGUGUACUCUAGUAAAGAGCAAUCCUUUCGCGAGGUCACCUUGACACCGAGUAGAGAUUGGCAUCCUGAUGACCCCAAUGAAAAGAGCUUAAUUGGAUGCUCCAUUCGAUUCUGCUCAUUUGAGCGUGCCGGAGAAAACGUGUGGCACGUGCUGGAUGUGUCCCCUAACUCACCUGCUGAAAUGGCAGGUAUCAUCCCCUAUACUGACUACAUUAUCGGUAGCCCCCACAUGACGCUCAGAAACGAAGAUGAUUUCUAUACGCUUGUUGAAGAAUAUCUUGGUAAACCAUUGAGAAUUUAUCUGUAUAAUUCAGAGUGGGAUAGCUGCAGAGAGUGUAUCAUUGUUCCUAAUCAUGAAUGGGGAGGAAAUGGAUCAUUAGGCUGUGAUGUGGGAUAUGGGUUACUACAUAGGAUUCCCAGAAGAAAGAAGGAAAAUGAGACAGUAACGGAUGAAUCUGCUAAUAACUAUAGUGAUACUAUUUUCAAUGCACCCGAGUAUCCCGAAAAUGAACUGGAAGAAGCAAAGCAAACUCUCCUCCCUCCUUCUCCUACCCUCACUCAGCAAGAUGAUCAGCCUAACACACAUCAAGACUAAAUAUUUGUACUAUAAUAAUAAAAAGAAAAAAAAAUUCCAUGUAGACCAAUCGCAUUGCUUGUUUACAACGAGGCGGUUUUAGAAAUUAAA